GUCCCACCCUCGGGGAUUCCGUGUUUCAGUUACCGGACGUCUGUUAUCGGUCACAUCACUUGUCCAGAUCCGGAGCAAAACGUUCUUUUCCUUCAACCUUCAAGAUACAAAAAAGUCUGUUCCCGUCAUCGUUCAGGUUCCAUCUAAGCUCUCAUGGUACCACGCUCUCCAUGUUGGUGACACGUACGAAGUGACCUCUCUCUCUGUGUCCUCUCUGCAUGGCUCCUCUCAGCACAUUUUCGCUGUGACCUCCUCUUCCCACCUUCUUUUUCGUUCUCCACUUUCCUCACCUGCCUCUGACCCAACGAGUGAGGGGUCAGAAGACCUGACGGCUCCCAGUGAGGAAUACGUGGACUUCAGACUACCCCAGGAGACAGACAGACAGAGACACCACAAGGAGUCCAAGACUUUAACCUACCAGGGGGUGAUAACGCGCCUCCGGGACGCUCAUGCCGGUCUCUAUGAGCUGGAUGGGGCAGUGGUCCUGUGCACAGCGUACACACAGCUACGGAACGGUGGGAGAGGAAUGAGGACGGGAGCCAGAGUGGAGGUAUUUGAUGCUCACCUUCAGCAGUCUCCCAGCCCUCUCUUUCCCACGCUUGUGGUCUCAUGCUGUCUGAGAAGUAGGGUCACGAUCCGCCACUUCUCACGUCUCAGCACUCCAUGUUCUUCUGUUUCUGGAACCAGUAAUGUUCAUCUCCACCUUCUCUUCCACUACCGGCUGAGGCUUCCGGAGUAUCUGUGGGUGUGCGAUACCGUGGAGAAGGUUCAUGAGAAGCUGUGUCCUCGUCUCGUCAGACGGCGCUGUCUUGGACAGUCCCUAGGUUCUGGUGCUCAGGGCCUCACAGAGAAUCUCUUGCACCCUACGCUCUCCUCCUUUACAAAUGGGAGGCGUGAGAGGGACCUGCAGGAAGAGAUGCUAGCAGACACUCAUGACUGUCCUCUGCGGGAGUACUCUCCCCUCUCUCCUCCCUGGUGUCUCCCUCAUCUCUGUCAUAUCCCCUCUCUAGUCUCUACCUCACAGUAUCUCCAGAGCGAGGAAUCUAAUCACAGUCUCCACUGGUCCCAUUACUCUCUGCGGUCUGAAGACCUGUCCUCCCCUCAUGUCCUCCUUGGUGUGCUUCAUGUUUCCUCCUCAGGAUCACUCCAAUUAAAGGACCAGUUGUCUACUCUGACCUGCCUGAUCCUGCCAUGCCCACCUAUCGCCUGGUUAGGCUGCGUCCUAGAGGUGCGCCAGUAUCAGCUGGUGACGGAAAGCAUCCGGAACAAGGAGACCAGAGAGGAUCCUCACAGCAAGACUUACGCUGUAUUUCUCACCCGGGAUGCCCGAGUUCUUCACUCGUCUAAUAGCUGCCCCUCCUGCCCUGUCCCGGGGUCCAACCUGCCCACGCCUAGUAAGGUGCCACGGUUGGAAGAGUCUUGGGCACAGCGCCACCUACUGAUUGACAGUCUGGAGGGCAGGCUGAUCGUUCCUGGACAUGACAAGGGGAUACAGUUCCAGGCUAGGGCGUCAUGGGUGGAUCUCCAGGAGCUUUCCACAGAGGAAGGGGAGAGCGAGCCAGGGAGGGCGGCUGAAAGUAAGGGAGGUGAACAGGUUUCUAAGGUUGUCCUGCAGUUCCCUUCUUCCUCUGUGCGGUGGUUUCAUUUCCUCCAACCCAACAGGAUGUAUCGUAUCACUGCGACGGGAGAGCCGGACUCUGGGAUUUUUGAUCUCUGCUCCCCGGAAAUGCCGCCCGGUCCUCGCUGCCUUAAAGUCCGCAGUGCCUGGACACUAGAAGAUGUGGAGGCCCCCAAGCAUCUACGGUGCCAAGCCGAAGGUCUCUCUAUAGGAGACGCGUUGAAGGGCAGCUCCUGUGGCUCCCUGUUGUCUGUGACUGGAGUUGUAUCCAGUCGCUGCAUGUGCCACACACAGAGCACACGUGUACAGCCAUCCAGAACGCGCGCUCCUGAUAGCUUCCUGCCACACGGCGUCUCCCUCAAAGUCAACCUGACGCAGCCAGACAGCCAAUCAUCUGCAUCUGUUUACCUGGAUCUGUUCCGGGGGCCCUACCCUCUGGGGCUGCUACCAGGGGCCACCGUAUUCAUGCAUGGACUCGAGAGGAGAGUGUCCAGGUCUGGCCGGGCCUAUCUCCGAAGCGUGCCCACCACCUAUGUGAGCGUCCUGAGCUCCCCGGCGUUGGACAGUGAGAAUAUUUCCGUGCCCCCACACGUCCUGUUCAGGAACCUGCCCGGUCCACCGACCCCACAACGUGCGGUCUGCUCGGUGACCUGCGUCUUCAGUUUGGCUCUGUGCUGGGAUUGCUCCAUGUGCGGGAGCACCUUCCUACAGGCUGCCUGCGACCGCUCCCCCUCUUGCACCUCUUCAUCCGGGGUCUUCAGAGCCAAAGCCUGUGUGAAAGCGGAGGAUGGAUCAGGGGAAGUCCAGGUCUACCUCCAGGACGAGGCAGUCUUGCUCAUGCUUGGCGUUUCUCAUGACCUCUGGGAAGCAUUGCAGGCGCGGGUUCUCUCCCGGGGGAAGGUGACAGUCAAGAUCCGGGGGAGAAGUGAGAUGCCGAGUGAAGAGAAAAGUGAAGACCCUCUCGUAGACUAUCUGACGUUCCUAAUGUCCCGGCCAGGAGUCUCUCGACCCUUAAUUCUGACAUUCAGAACGCAUGCGGGAGAUCGCCCCUCAGCAUCGCCACAGCUAACGCACUUCAGACGGGGCGAGCGAGAUUAUGUCACACACGUUCCUUCGUCCCCUAUGGUUACCUGUAUACAGCUGCAGGAGGUGGAACCUCGUGUACUAUGUCACAUGUUCAGAGACCGCAGUCAAUCAAAUCUCGGUUAAAUUAUGGUGUAAUCAUUUUAUUAAGUUUCAUAUAUUGACAUUAAAACAGUUUUUGUUAAUA